UAAUAAAACUUAAAACUUCGGCCGUCUCACUUAUUUUUCUAAAACCACUCUAGAACCCCUUGAAAACCUCUGCGUCUGGAGUCAGCACGACACAAGCCGCUGAGUAGAUUUAUUCCUUCCAAUGGCUCUAAGCUUCGUAUUCGAGCCCCCAAGCGAUGAAGAAAACGAGCUUUCGGAGACGGAAGACCAAAUAGAUGAGGAGGAAGAAGAAGAAGGAGAAGGAGGAGGGAAACCAAAACCCUCAAAAAGUCAAUCUCAAUCUCCAUGGGACUUCGCUGCAUUUUCUGAAUCUGUCGCGGAAGAACACGCCCGUAGAAGCACGACUUCAGUCGAUUUCAAGAUCUCCAAAGUCCUACAGAGGCAGUCCACCACCGACCCUAACCCCGCCGAAGAAGACGAAGAUAGCGAUAGCUCCGAAUCGGAGCCAGACAGACAAGAAGAUUAUAGACCGGAAGCCGAAGAAGACGAUGAUUCAAACGCCGUUGUUAACAGCAAGUCAUUUUUUUCCCCUUCCGAUGGAACAUCGUUUCAUGCCAAUUCAUUCAUGGAGCUAAAUUUGUCGCGUCCUCUGCUUCGUGCUUGCGAGGCCUUGGGUUACGCCAAACCUACGCCUAUUCAGGCGGCGUGUAUACCAUUGGCGCUGUCUGGGCGUGAUAUAUGUGGGAGUGCAAUUACUGGUUCGGGAAAAACGGCUGCUUUUGCGUUACCCACUUUGGAGAGGUUACUGUUUCGCCCAAAACGAAUGCCAGCAAUUAGGGUUCUUAUACUCACCCCAACCAGAGAGUUGGCUGUCCAGGUGAACAGCAUGAUUGAGAAACUUGCCCAAUUUACAGAUAUCAGAUGUUGCCUGAUUGUUGGAGGACUUUCAACAAAGGUGCAAGAGGCAGCCUUGAGAUCAAUGCCAGAUAUUGUUGUGGCUACUCCAGGUCGUAUGAUAGAUCAUUUACGCAAUUCUAUGUCAGUGGAUUUGGAAGAUCUUGCUGUUCUUAUUCUUGAUGAGGCAGAUCGUCUUUUGGAGCUUGGAUUUAGUGCUGAAAUUCAUGAGCUGGUUCGGCUGUGUUCCAAGAGGAGACAGACAAUGCUUUUCUCAGCAACAAUGACUGAAGAAGUUGAUGAGCUUGUCAAGCUUUCUCUGAAUAAACCCUUGCGCCUCUCUGCUGAUCCAUCCACCAAACGACCAGCAACGCUUACAGAGGAGGUAGUUAGGAUCAGACGAAUGCGGGAAGUAAACCAAGAAGCUGUUCUUCUUGCACUGUGCUCAAAAACAUUUACUUCUAAAGUUAUUAUCUUCAGUGGAACAAAACAGGCUGCACAUAGGCUAAAAAUUUUGUUUGGUUUAGCUGGCUUGAAAGCUGCUGAGCUUCAUGGUAAUCUUACUCAAGUCCAGCGUCUUGAUGCUUUGGAACUGUUCAGGAAGCAGAGAGUGGACUUUCUAAUUGCAACUGAUGUAGCAGCUCGUGGACUUGACAUAAUUGGUGUUGAAACAGUCAUAAAUUAUGCCUGUCCUCGUGAUCUCACAAGCUAUGUUCAUCGAGUGGGUCGAACAGCCAGAGCUGGUAGAGAAGGUUAUGCUGUUACAUUUGUCACAGAUAAUGAUCGAUCUCUAUUGAAAGCUAUUGCAAAAAGGGCUGGUUCAAAGUUAAAAAGCCGCAUUGUUGCAGAGCAAUCUAUAACCAAGUGGUCUAGGGUGAUUGAGCAGAUGGAAGAUCAAGUGGCUGCAGUUCUUCAAGAUGAGAUUGAAGAGAGAGCACUUAGAAAAGCUGAAAUGGAGGCCACAAAGGCAGAAAAUUUGAUUGCUCACAGAGAUGAAAUCUUUUCUCGCCCAAAAAGGACUUGGUUUGUGACCGAAAAGGAGAAGCAGCUUACAGCAAAAGCAGCUAAGUCAUUUUCUGAUAAAGGAAAAUUCUCUGGAAAUGAGGUAACCAGUGCCCAACAGGCUGAAGAUCUAAAGAUGAAGGAAAAGAGGAAACGAGAGCGCGAGAAAAACUUACCCAGGAAGAAGCGCCGAAAACUGGAAGCAGCUAGAGAAAUGUUGGAGUUUGAAAGUGAAAAGUUAGAAGAUAGUAGUGAUAAAAAAGAAAUGUCACUAGUUGACCUGGCGUACCGACGUGCUAAAGCUGUGAAAGCUAAGAAAAAGGCAGUGGAUGCUGGUAAGAUUGUGAUGAAGGUUGCCAAGAAAUCUAAGCAUUCUUCGCAAAGAACUCAGUCGAGGACAGAAGAGAUGCAAGAGCUAUUUGAAGGCGACAUGACUGACAAAAAACAGAAAAGAAACGUUAGUGGAACAGGAAUGAAAAAAUCCAAGAGUUCCUUUAAAAGUAAGUCAAGGUAUAAGCGCAAAUAGCAACUUCAAGUACGCCUUGUUAAAGACUGUUUCCAUUGCAGCUGUGAAGUGAGAUGGCAACAACCUUGUAUGUUUUUGCUAUUGUUACGAGUAUAUGCAACGCAAUUUUGGCAGAGGGAAAAGUGUAGGUUGAUGGAAUGUAAUUUUAUUUUUUAUUUAUUUAAAUUCUAAAGUAACUUGUAAUGGUCUGUUUUUGAACUCUUCGUCUAUGCUUUGGAGAGAACUUUCCUUGCCCCUCCUUCUCUUGUAAGUGCCGUUAAAGAAAUUCAUUCUUCUUUUCUUUU